AUGUUUGGCAAGGAAAUUAUUAGCGAAAACUUAUUAUUUCAUUUUCCCAGACCAGCACCAGAACCAAGGAAAGCAGCAAACAUUUUCGGCAGUGCUAAACCAGUAGAUACUGCUCAAAGGGAGAAAGAGAUUGAGGAGAAGAUCGGUCAGCUGGAUGUAAAGGAAGACUCUGACCGGCCAGCUGCAUAUCGACCUCCAGGAGCUAGGGAUAGAGGAGAGGACCGUCGAGAUGACAGAAGAGAUGAUCGUGGAGGUUCUCGUUCAGGAUACGAUCGUAGAGAUGACCGGGAUCGCGGCUACAGCAGUCGGGAUGAUCGGGGUUACGGAAGUCGAGAUGAUCGUGGAUAUGGAAGUCGGGAUGAUCGGGAUCGUGGUUACGGAAACCGUGAUGACCGCGGUUACAGAAGUAGAGACGAUCGCGGCUAUGGUAGCCGAGAUGAUCGUGGUUCUGAUCGUAGAGAUGAUCGUGGUUCUGAUCGUGGUUCUGAUCGUAGAGAUGAUCGUGGUUCUGAUCGUAGAGAUGAUCAGAGAGACGAUCGUGGAUAUGAUCGGAGAGACGAUCGUGGAUAUGAUCGGAGAGACGAUCGUGGAUAUGAUCGGAGAGACGAUCGUGGAUAUGAUCAGAAAGAUGACAGGAAAGAUUAUGGAUAUGAUCGCAGAGAUGAUCGAGGUUAUGAUAGAAGAGAAGAUCGUCGUGUCAACAGUGGAUAUAAUCGCCAUGACGAUCGUCGAAAUGAUCGAAGAUAUAGUAAUAACUCCAGGGACAGGGAUGAACGAGGUGGCUCCGCGGGCAAAGAUGACCGCAGGGAAAAUGGUCGAGAUGAAAAAGAUGUUAUUCCACCGAUGAAAAAGUUUGAGGAACCGAAGGCUCCGGAUUUGAUUGCCCCCAACAAGUUUGCCUUCUUGAAAGAUGAAGCGGAAUCUGCAAGUGAGACGGAGGACUAGACUAAUAUCUUAAAUGAUUUUUCCCUGGAAAUCCGUGAAACGGCAGCCAUCUUGAUUUCAAAAUGGCUGCCGUUCAGUUGUUUUUGCCUUCGCUAUGCCCUUAUAUUAAGUGAUGUCGACAAUUUCUAAUGUUCGAUUUAUAAGAAAUUUUCUUGGGACUGGCUCUAGCAUAUAUUCAAGUGAUUUAUAUAGAAUGCGGUAUAACGAAAAGAUUACAGUGACUUGGCUUGACCUUUCUGUCUACUCAACCUCUCAAGAUUGGGAUUAACAGGGACGGUUUUAUCUCAGGAUUCCUUGACCGGUUUCUCUGUGAUGCACAUCUCUCAAAUAUUUUGUAUAUAAAAUACCUGUUAAUUUGUUGUUCGUGCAUAUCGUUAUAUAAUGCAACCUAUUUGUCAAAAAUUAACUUAUAUUUUGGGUAGUGUUUUACCCCCGCACUGAAUUAAUAAUCGCUUGAUUUCUAUAAUUUUCAUUUAAGACGUUCAAUAAAUAAUAUGUAAAUAAAAA